AUGGCGCUAGAGAUGCUAGACAAGUAUCAGAACGUAGAGACGCUUUCUUUUGGGGACAACUUUCUUAAGAUUUUAUCGCUUGCCGAGCUCCGUGGUAGUCUUUUCCCAAAAUUCAAGGUUAAAGCUUUAACGAUUGAGACAACGGUCUCUCAUUAUAUAAUUCCUGGUAUAGUAAGGUUGCUCCAAAACUCUCCUGAACUCAAGAAGCUAACCUUUGUAGACACAGGGGAUCAUAAGUUCAUACCGGACACCUAUAUUGACGAAAACUUGCUUUCUCAUGGCUUGAAUCCGGAUCAAUACUGGAGCUCGGAAGCGAGAGUCUUCAAAUAUACUACUCCCCCCUGGAGUUUAGAGGCACAGGCUGUGGUUUCGUUUAUAGAGCUUGUGCUUAAAACCACAAAGACAUUAGAGAAGAUGGUCAUAAGUGCUUACUCGAAACAACAAAUGUCUCCAUUGUGA